AUGUUUCACGAUCGUGCCCGUCACCUCGCGACGUCCGCCGGAACACAGCUCUCGGAAGCCCGCGAGCAAAUUAAAGCACUUUCUCUCUCUUUGCGCGAGAACCAGUCAGCUUUGGAACAUUCUGAUGCCAGAAUAAAUGCUCUUAUAAAACGCAAUGAAGAGCUCGCUAGCUCCACUUUUGGGCAUCCUUCUACCUCUUCCGGUACUUCUCCUCGUUCGUUGCCUAAUGUCAAGACUUUGUUACCUAUCUGUAUGCUUCUUAGCAGUGCGAACAUGUCGCGGUCCGACAGCAUUUGGUCAACCUCUAAUUCUAUCGCGAUUCUUUGGCCUUCCGCUCCUUUUGGAUGCUGCACCGAGCAUACGGUGUCAACUUCUAACUGCUUUGUUAUCCAAUCCGUCAUCCACAUGCGCCAUGAUUCCUCUUCUCCGGACUCACCUGUUGGCAACCUCGCUCAUUGCGGCUACGAAGCUGCCCCAUGCUCAUCGGUAAACCACUUUUAUUUUGUGCAUGGUAACGGGUACCUCAAAUUUGACCCCUUCUCUGGGGACACCCAGCUGGUGUCUUCCUCAAGCAUACGUAAUAUCGCUUUUCCUAGCAGCUUCAAUUCUUCUGCUCUUGCUCUGCCUCUCACUAUCUUCCAUAACCUUAUUCUUAACUAA